CAUUAUACGUAUACCAUAAUGUCUGCAGGGAGGCAAAACUGUCAACAUCAUGUUUGGCUCGGAUGUGCCCAAGCUCAUGAGCCUGGUAACCAACGAGCUAGAAAAGAUGCUGCAGCCGAUCGAGGUUGAGCAGCAGCGCUUCAAGAUGGAGGCCAUCGACAGUGCUGAGCGCGCGGAGCGUAAGAUCAGGCACAAGAAGCAGGUUGACUACCUAACCAUGGUAACGGACGUGGGUGUGACGGUGUUUGGGCCGCAGGUUAAUCGCAACAUGUUCAAGAAGCUCACCGUCGCGGCCGCGGCCCUUAAGAUGCAGUGCAAGGAACACAAGGUUGUAAGAAGUCCAGCGAUCAGUUCGAGGUGGUGAACUUCGCCUGUAAGAACCAAUUGUCGGCGGAACCAAUGGUCGAGCCGGAAAAGAAGAAAGAGUCACAGGGCAAGAGGCUGGAGAUAUGCGCGAAUUGACGGAACCCGAGGCAGCCAAAGCACCAGUAGCAGCGGCGGCUGCAGCAGAAGCAGCAGCCCUACGACGGAAGCGGCGGGCGGCGUACCGGAAGGCCGAGAGGCUGCACCUGUAGAAGGCGGAGAAGGAGCUCCUGUAGCAGAAGGAGAAGAAGCACCAACCGUC